AUGGACAUUGACGCUCCGGCGCCGUCCAAGGACAUCACCUUCUCCUCCGGGAAUACCACCAAAGGCAAGCAGAGCAAGGCGAAUCUUCCGGUUGAGGCCGAGGACAGCCUUCCAUGGGUAGAAAAGUACCGCCCCGCCACUCUCGCCGACGUCUCUGGCCACCAGGACAUUCUCGCGACCAUCAACAAAUUUGUCGACUCCAACCGCCUUCCUCACUUGCUUCUUUACGGUCCUCCCGGCACCGGUAAGACAUCGACGAUCCUCGCCCUCGCGAGACGUAUAUACGGCGCGGAGAAUGUACGGCAGAUGGUGCUCGAGCUCAAUGCCUCCGAUGACCGAGGCAUCGACGUUGUCCGUGAACAGAUCAAGACUUUCGCCUCCACCAAGCAGAUCUUCACCAUGGGCCAGUCUCUACGGACUGCUGGUUCUGGGAGUUUGGCCGGCUACAAAUUGAUCAUCCUCGACGAGGCCGAUGCUAUGACGAGCACUGCCCAGAUGGCACUGCGCCGUAUCAUGGAGAAGUACACAGCCAACACGCGAUUCUGCAUUAUUGCGAACUAUUCACACAAAUUAUCACCGGCCCUACUGUCACGAUGCACGCGCUUCAGAUUUAGCCCUCUCAAAGAACAGGACAUCCGGGUUUUGGUUGACAAGGUCAUUGAGGAGGAGAAUGUCAAAAUUAUGCCUGAGGCAACGGAUGCGCUCGUGCGCCUGAGUACACCAUUGCAGCCACGAGACGGACCGAAGAUACCCGAGAAGGAUAUUGUGCGAGAGAUGAUCACCACAGAGACGAUUUACAACUGCAUUGCAGCACCUCCGCCAGCUGCAAUCCAAGAGAUUCUCAACACCCUUCUCAGUACCAGCGAUGUCACCUCGUGUUUGUCGACGAUCAAUACUUUGAAGGUGGCUCAAGGCCUUGCCUUGGCAGAUAUAAUUACUGCACUGUCAGAGGAGAUUGUCAAAUUGGAGGUGAAACCAGAGGUCAUGAUUACUUGGUUGGAUGGCCUUGCAGACAUCGAGCAUAGAGUGGCCGGUGGUGGCGCCGAGGCUAUACAGACCGGAGCUGUCGUGGGCGUGAUCCGGAACGGUGCCGAACUAAUGGCUUGA